AUGGAGACAACCACAUCCUUCCUCAGAGACAAGCACAUCGCGUACAUCACGUCGCUCGACACCAAGCACAGGGACCUCGCGUACUACCUGACGGAGCAUCUCCGUAUGAACGGCACCUACUGGGGCCUGACGGCGCUGUGUCUCCUGGACUCGAGGGACUCCUUCAAGAAGGAGGACGUUGUGGAGUUCGUGCUGAGCUGUAGAAACCCAGACGGUGGGUUUGGCGCCUUCAGAGGACACGACAGCCAUCUUCUAAGCACGCUGAGUGCGCUCCAGAUCCUUCUGAUGUUCGACUCGCUGGACUCUGUUGAUGGAGAGGAAACCUCACGGUUCAUCCUGUCCAACAGACUGCCCAACGGGGCGUUCCAAGGCGACAGGUUCGGUGAGAUUGACACCAGGUUCGUGUAUACCGCCGUGCAGUCGUUGGCGAUCCUGGGUAGACUGACCCAGGACGUUGUUGAUGGUGCCUGUUCCUUCGUGCAAUCGUGCCUGAACUUUGACGGCGGGUACGGGCAGAGACCGGGCGCUGAGAGCCACUCGGCCCAGGUGUUCACCUGCCUGGGGACACUGGCCCUGUGCAACAAGCUGGAUGUCGUGGACAGGGACCUGACCGGGUGGUGGCUCGCAGAGAGACAGCUGGAGGACGGAGGGCUGAACGGGAGACCUGGCAAGCUGCCGGACGUUUGCUACAGCUGGUGGGUGCUGUCGUCGUUGGCCAUCAUCGACAGACUGCACUGGAUCGACUAUGACAGGCUCAGAGACUUCAUACUGAAGUCUCAGGAUGAGGUUACGGGGGGCAUAAGCGAUAGGCCUGAUAACCAGGUUGAUGUGUUCCACACGCUGUUUGGAAUCGCAGGGUUGAGUCUGAUGGGCUUUGAGGGCCUACAACCCGUUGACCCACGCUACUGUCUACCGGAGUGUGUAAGUGAGAAGAUUGCCAAAUGGCCGUAUGCCUGA